GAGGCUAUUUAAUCCCAGCUCGAAAAUAAGCUGCGACCGGGAACAAAAAAUGGCGACAGAUUUUCGCGGCAAUGGUGGUAGCAAGUGCAAGUGUAAGUGCGACACCGCUGCCAAUACUCUGCAAUGGAUAAAGGCCAUCGCUGAUUUUAUCAAACCUUAUUCGUUCUUGAUCAAUUCUCCCGUCGUCAAUUUCUUCAAGGAUAGACUAUGGGAAGCUGUUGAUGAGGAGUGGAUGGAGUGCUUGCGCAAGGAACCUGUGGAAAAUCUGCACCUAAUUCCGUCUGGAGUUGUCCAGGAAAACUGGCCAGAUUCGUUAAAGAAAUUUAUCCGUACUUCAAAAUCUCUUGCCUUUCAACGUGAACAAGCAGACUUGCAGAUGGUCCUGCCUGGCUGGUGCAUGGCUUCGCUUAACACUGUUCUUUCUCAAGGCAUGAAUCAGAAGAAAAAACAUGAAGUUGAAGUCCUUUCCGCCAUUAUUAGUUUAAUUGCAAGUGACAUGAAAAGUCGUGCAAUUGUUGAUGUGGGUGCUGGUCAGGGUUACUUAGCACAAGCGCUCUCCUUCCAUUACAAGCAUUCAGUUCUUGCAAUUGAUGCCUGUUCCCAUCAUGGAAAUGUCACAAGUGCACGUUCAGCACGGAUUAAGAAGUAUUACUUAUCUCAAAUUCGUAAAGCUGGGUUGGAAGCCAAAAAUUUGAGACUGCCAAAGGCAAUGACAUUCCAUGUGUUGUCCGUUGACGCAUUAAAAUCCCUUGCUAACAUGUCGCUAGAAGACGAUCAUGUUGAGAAGACAAGUAUGACUGGUGAUGAUCAAAAGAAAAUAAACCAACAGGAUUCGAAGUGUUUGACUUUGUGCAAUUCUGACGAAGAGCCUUCAUUGGUUCUUGCUGGUCUUCAUGCUUGUGGUGAUCUUUCGGUGAUAAUUCUUAGGACAUUUGUAGAGUGCAAGGAAGUAAAAGCAGUAAUUAAUAUUGGUUGCUGUUACAACCUUCUCACGGAGUAUGGAUCUAACAAUGAAGGUGUCCAAAAUGGAUUUCCAAUGAGCUUCGGUGUCAAAUCUUCUGGCUUGUCUCUGGGAAAAAGUGGCAGAGGCCUUGCAUGUCAGAAAGAUGGAGGAAUUUGGAAAAUGAAGGUGGCCUCCAUAAUUUUGAGUUGCAUGCUUUUCGUGCUGCUUUCCAAAUGGUACUCUAUAAAUAUUAUCCAGACGUGGUUGCCACUUGCCCAUCCGUUGGGCGUCAAGGAAAGGCAUUGCGCCGUCAAAAGAAAAGGGAGGAUUCAGUAUCCUCGCAGUGUCAUGAAGAUAAGCUUGAGGCAUCACAAUCAGUGUGUUGCAGAUCUUAUUGGGGGGUUGCCAGUCAACGUCAAUGCUUUUUCUCAUACUGUUUCAGACCAUGGGAGUACGCCAUGUGAACAGUCCAAAUCUGUUGACAAAUACCCUCUUUUUGAAAAGUUUUGUCACUCUGGAUUAAAUCGCCUUGGAAUUCAAUCUUCGCAGGAUAUGGAUUGUUAUGGAAUCUGGAUGGACACUGACCCUUUUACCGAACUUAUUGGGCCUUAUUGGUCUCUUCGAGCUGCUCUGGGCCCAGUAUUGGAAACAUGUAUUCUGCUCGACAGAUUACUGUUUCUUCAGGAGCAAGGUGGAUCGGUUGAAGCCAUACUUCUACCUAUUUUUGACCCGUCUUUAUCUCCAAGGAACGUGGCUAUAAUCGCUAGGAAAGUUGGUACAACAGAAGGUUUAUUGGAGGAAAGCAAGAUUAAUGCAAAGCUGAAGUGCUGAGGAUGAAAUAUUUGAUUCUUCGAAUUCUGCAGAACUCAUGGAUUCCCUUUGCCUACAGUUUGUAUUUCAUUUCAGAUUAUUCCUUUUGACCUUUUCAAUUUUGUCGUUUUUUAUGUCUUUUGUAACGUUAUUUACAGCUUACAGGAGUAAUUUAUAUUGCCCAAUGUACUAUUAGAUUCAUUUUUAGAAAGGCAUAUGCCUUUUAUUUAUUUUUUUUAUUUUUUUUUUGGGGGGACUUUGGUGUCAAGGUUAGGAUUUCCUUGUUAUUCAUUUCCAAUUUUUUUUGUUUUGUUGCAUUCAGAAUGAGAGAUUGGAUAAGAAGAAGAUCAACCAGAAAUAAGUAUUUGUAUUUUAUUAAAAAGAAGUCAAUAAUAUCCCAGUGCUAAAACCAUAAUUUCAUUCAAAAGCGUUGUAGAGUUCUGAAAACAGGAAGAAAUAUCCAGAUUUUAAUGGUGACUUUUCGCAGGACCCAGCAACUUCUAAAAUAGUAUUAACCUAACCAUCCUGAGAUGAAUUUGCCUUGAGAAUAAUAAAGGGUUUCGAUGGGAAUAAGUUCAAACUUCAAACUAUGGUGACUGUCUAUAUCUGAGAUUUUAGGUUUUACGAGUCACUUUAAAAACCAAAUCUAAUUAGGUCAGGUAACUCUUUCAUAAGAUCAGUCGAGGUCUUGUUCAUUAACUCACCGAAUAUCAUAAAAAAAAAGUAAUAAAUAUUGACCUAAAGAUUUUUUUGUGGUCAGUUUGCCAAACAGGAACGAACGGUGAUGAAGAGCAGAUAAAAUCAAACGUCUGCAUGAAGUUGACACCACCAUGAAAAUAAACAAAUAGAACUGCAAUUCAGGUACGGCUUCUUUAGUUAAACAAAUGGCAGCUCCUCAUUGUUGGGGAAGGAAUACAUAUCUUUUUAUUUUGAAUACUAAUUUGUCUUGUCAUCGUACAUAAACUAGAUUCUUCUUGUUGUUUCUAUUAAAGAAAUGCGUAGUGGACAUUUCAGAAACUACUGCUCUUUGUCCUUUUUGAUGGAUCAAAGAAAAGGUUGCUAUCAAUAAAAAGGUGCCUUUCUCUGAGUAAAA